AUGUCCCAAACAUCCUCAAAGCCUUCCAUGAAUGCGGCAAUGGGGGCACAAUUGUUAUUUCCCAAAGAUCAGUCAUACUGGAUUGCAUCUCGCCUCAAUCCUGUCAUCAACGUCGUAGUAAUUGAGUUGCAUGGCAAGUUCUCCGAUGACUUGGAUUACUGGCGAAACAACUCCUACCCAAUUGCCUUCCAAAACCACCACGCCGGCUUCAUCAUCACCGGCCACAAUAUUAAAAUUGACGGAUACGGCACGGGUGGAAUUGACGGUAAUGGAAAUGUGUGGUAUACCGCAGAAAAAGGCAACACCCAGCCGGGACGCCCAAUGCCCUUCGUUUUCUGGAAUGUCUCCAAUGUCAACGUGGACAACUUCUAUAUCAAGGAUCCGCAGUUGUGGAGCUUGAACAUUAUGAACGGGACGAACAUGCGAUUCAACAACAUUCACGCCAAUACAACUGCGGUAGAUGCGCCGUAUGGCGAGAAUUGGGUUCAGAAUAGCGAUGGAUUUGGUAAGAUUGUGAAUGAACUAUGGAUUGAUUUCAGCAAACUAAUGAGGCUUGCAAGAGUUCUGUUUCAUCCGUGUCCUGCUCGGAAGUACACCCGUGCUAUAAUAUUGACAUUGACAAUGUGGUGCUGGAUCCGGAGAAUUCCACGACGGCAGGGACUGGAUCCUGCCAGUAUACGGCGAAUGGUGCUUUCGGCCCUUUUUUUGAACCCAUGUUUCUUCCCUCCCCGAAUCUCCAUCGAAAUGUCCCUAAGUCCGAAACCAGACAUAUUCACCUAUGCUGACUUUGACCUUCAAGCUCUGUGCCGUCAAGCGAGCGCGCUGCGACAGGGUGUUCCAUGUGCUUGUGAUCCAGAUCAACGUCCGGCCUCAGGAAGUUUUAACUGGGCUAUAUUUAUUUCAUUUGAAGACCGGGUACGAUGGGUCUUUCGAUCCCCGCACGAUAGAACAUUUAUGCCAAUGGAAAUGGGGAAAAAGCUGCUGGCAAGCGAGGCUGCCACAUUGCGAUACAUCAGGGCCCAUGGCGAUAUUCCAGUUCCAGAAGUAUACGACUAUUGUGCUUCAUCCGAUAAUGACAUCGGGAUUCCGUUCAUUUUUAUGAGUGAAGCGCCUGGCUGGCCACUGUCAAAAGUCUGGAAACCAGCCGGUUCUCUUCAACCUGGUCUAGACACCGUCGGCAAGGCCAAAAUUCUCUCCCAACUGGGCUGUAUUACCUGGAAGCUUUCGCAGUUGCGAUUCGAUAAAAUUGGCUCACUCUUUGAAGAAGAUGAGUCCUUCGAUAUCAAGGAAUGUCUCUCACGUGGUCACAUGUUACACGGACGAUAUUCGUUGGAAAUUCCACGGGGACCUUUCACUUCGGAAGCAGAGUUUUAUGACAGCCUUGUUUCUGCGUUAUUGGAGCAUGCAGAGAUUCUGCAGUUAUCACAUCAUUGCUUUGUGGCACCUGUUCCCUCACGGGACGACUAUCAAUCCAGGAAAGAAUAUGAGAGCGCUGUGAACCUAUGGAAUGACUUCGUGACCGUUGGACGCAAGACAGACUCGGCAGUCAACAGACUAGACUACAUAAUUGCAGGAGACGCUCUCCGCGACAUUGUACGGAAACUUGAACUGCCAGCUAUCAAUUCGGGGACUUUUUCGUUGUACCACCCUGAUCUGAGCGUCAAUAACAUAUAUGUUGAUGAUGAUUACAAUAUUACCUGUCUCAUCGACUGGGCAUUCUCAUCAUUCAUUCCUGAAUCUAUGCUGUUAGCGACGCCAGGUUUGCCACAAUACCGCAACGAAAUUAGUUCGGAGUUACAUAUAUCCUUCAUAGAUGGCUUUAUUGCUGCUAUGCCUAGAUCGAUAGGAGAGAGGGAAAUCCACAGAUAUCGCGAAUCACUUGAGCGAGGUCAAGUCUCUUGGAGAUUGAGUCGACUCCUCAACCUGGACUCAAUUGAUGAUUACACUCUCUUUGCUACUGUCUGGCACUUUGCGCGUGGCCUUGAACAGGACCUGGGGCAAUUCUUCUUACAACAGCGGCGUUCGCCUCCCUACAUCGGGCUGUAUAAAGAAGUUCAACAAGAGGAUCAGCCACUUUCGAAAAUUGAAAAGGAUGAAAAAGAUUACUUUCGAAACAAGGAUCUCAGAAACACAAUAGCCAAGAAGCUGACGCUCGUGUCAGAAUGGAAAGCACAGUAUACCGUCAAUCAUCAGCCGAGACUUCGGAAAGACAUGUUUGUCGCUUCUCCCAAGUUAUGGAAGUGGAUCCAACGGUUUGUGCAGGACCGGGAAGACAUGUCUUGA